AUGUCGAGCAGCCCCCAAGAAUCUCCACAACAGCACAAAGAACAACAACACAUCCCGGCUUGGAAGAAGAUGGGUCUGAAACUCAAGAACGCCAAGGAUACGGUGGAGGCGACGGAAAAGAAAAAGGGAGAUGUGGACGCUGGGGAAACAAAUGUGGAGAAGAAGCAUGAUCGCAAGAAGAGCAAGAAGAGACGGCUUGAGAAUGAUGAGGAGGAGGAGGGAGAGGGUAAGGAGGUGAAGGAGGAUGAUGCGGAGAAGAAGAGAAAGAAGAAGAAGAAGAGUGUGUCGUUUUCGGAGGACGCGAAGAAAUUGGAUGGUGAUGCGGACGAUCAGGAAGAGGAGCAGGAUAAAAUGCAGGUUGAUGCUGAGGGUAAUGGUGAUGAUGAUACCGGGGACAAGGCCGAUGAUGAAGGCGAGGGAAAGAAGAAGAAGAAGGAAAAGAAGAAGAAGAACAAGAAGCAGGACGGUUCGAAUGAUGCUUCAUCCACCACGACACCGAGAAUUCACGAAACGCCUAUCCUUUCCUACCUGAGUCUGUACCACAAGCACCGGUCGGCGUGGAAGUUCCAGAAGAAUCGCGAGACGCAUCUCUUCAAGCAUGUUUUGUCGCUGGAGCAGGUCCCGACGCUGUACAAUGCGGCUUUGCUUGCCUAUUUACAGGGGUUGAAGAGCGAAGGUGCCAAGUUGCGGUUGCGACAGAUUGCCGAGGAGGUCAUCAAGGCGGAGGUUGAUGCGGAGGAGGAUCAACCUAGUGCUCCUGCAGAGACGGAGGAGUCGAAGGAGGGCUCUUCUUCUGAGGCCAACGAGAGCUCCGCGGCGACGGAUAAGGCGAGUUACGACAAGGCUGUUGGUGUCUUCCGGACGCGCUUGGCUGCAGGUCAAGAAGAUAUCGAUUGUCAGGAUGUUACUGCGCAGCUCAAUGCGGAGACGCUGAAGAAGUACGAGAACAGGGCACGGGCCGAGCUCAUUCUGUUUGCUGUUAACGGCACGCUGUUCAAUUAUCACAAGCCCAAGCCUGCUGCGCAGAAAGGAAAGAAGGGGGCUCAGGCCCAGCCUGGCAAGAAAAAGAAGAAGAACCGUACUGCUAUCGUUGAGAUCUCGAGCAGCAGUGAGAGCGAGAGUUCUAGCGACAGUGAUAGCGACAGCGACAGUGACGAUGAGAAGAAGACCAAGACUAAGCCUGCAGCUGCUAAAGCCUCGUCGUCUAAGGACAGCAGUGACAGUGAUAGUGACAGCAGCAGCAGCAGCAGAAGUGCAUAUGACAGACACAUUACCAUCUUCUCGGACUCGGGUCGUCUGUACCAAGUUGAAUAUGCCUUUAAGGCUAUCACCUCGGCCAACAUCACCUCGAUAGGUGUGAAGGGCAAGAACUGCGCUGUGGUUCUGUCCCAGAAGAAAGUUGCUGACAAAUUGAUCGACCCCUCCUCCGUUUCGUACAUUUUCAGACUUUCCCCGUCAGUGGGCUGUGUGAUGACCGGCUCCAUCGCCGAUGCGAGGGCCAGUGUUGACCGUGCUCGUGGUGAGGCGGCUGAAUUCCGAUACAAGUAUGGCUACGAGAUGCCCUGUGAUGUCCUCGCAAAGCGACUUGGCAAUAUCAAUCAGGUCUACACGCAAAGGGCUUACAUGCGUCCCCUCGGAGUUGCCACUACCCUGGUAUCCGUUGAUUCGGAGAAGGGUCCCCAGCUUUACAAGGUCGAUCCUGCCGGAUACUAUAUCGGAUAUAAGGCGACUGCAUCUGGACCGAAGCAGCAAGAGGCGAUCACUUACCUGGAGAAGAAGCUGAAGAACAAGGAGUACGCUGACGGCAGCUGGGAGGAAGUGGUGGAGCUGGGAAUCACGGCUUUGAGCAAUGUGCUGAGUGUCGAUUUCAAGAAACACGAAUUGGAGAUCGGAAUCGUGGGAGGGCCACGAGCAGAUGGCCAGGAAGGGACAGACAUUGGUUUCCGGAGUUUGACGGAGGAUGAGAUCGACGAACGACUGCAGGCUAUCAGCGAGAAGGACUGA